AUGGAACAGGAUCUACACGAUAAUCAAAACAUGUUGUUAAAACGACGCCGGGAAGAAGAAGUGUGCGGCGGCGGUCAGGAUGGCGGCGGCCCCGACUACUUAUCAUCACUCCCCGACGCCAUCAUCGCCAAUAUCAUCACCUCCCUUCCCUUCAGAGAGGCGGUCAGAACUUCCCUCCUCUCCAGACGGUGGCGCAGCCUUUGGCAAUCCACCAGGAGCGUCGACAUCGACGAGAACCUCUUCGUGCAGAAAGAGGGAAACGUGGUGGAAUUCAUCCGCCGGUGGCCAGAAAUCUACGGCGGCGAGCCUACCAUGGUGAGUUUCAGGCUCGCCGUUUCGAACCCGCCGGAGCUCUGCCGGCCCGACAUCCAACGGUGCAUCGAUUUCGUCGUCGACCGCCGGGGCCUCAAGGCGCUGGAUCUCGACUUCUCGGAUCCUUCCUGGGAUACUAAUCGCGACACAAUACCCCAAACUACGUUGUUUCAUCUCCCCUUAGUGCUCGAAGACGGCCGCCAUUCGUCGCUGGAAACCCUACGCUCGUUUGCCUGCAAAAUUAGGGUUCCGGAAUCGAGAAAUUUCUUCUUCGCCAUUAGAGAACUCUUCUUAGGGUGGAUUGAGAUGGCGGGCUCUUCCCUGUGCGGUCUGGUGUCGAUGUGUCCGUUUCUGGAAACCCUAACCGUGAAGAGGUGCUGGAAUUUGGGCAGUUUGGAUUUGGCCGCACCAAGACUUAGGGUUCUUGUGCUCCAUAAAUGCACAGGCCUUGAUUACAUCUCCCUCACUGCUAAAUCGCUGGCGAUCUUCAAAUACAGCGGCGGCUAUACCUACCUGCAAUUAGAUUAUCACUCGAGUUUGGUGCAGGCCGAAUUUGACUUCCAGCAGCAGCUCCGGUGGGAGGAAGGAGCCGAUCCAGAGAUGCUGUACAACGCCCUGGUGGAAAUUUGGAGAGCCGAAUUUCUUAGUGUGUGCAGCUACAUGCUCCAGAUGGUGCAAAUGGCGGAGGAAUCCUCUGUGAAGCCACGCCUGUCGUGCUUAAGGCAUUUGCAUUUGAAGACGCAGCUGCACGUUAAGGAGUAUUUCGGCAUCACUUUCUUCCUCAACAGUUGCCCUAAUCUCAGGGUUUUGUCCAUCGACUUGAGCCCCUCCACACAGAUUUUCCAGAUGAGACCGCCGUACCGUGUAAGAGAGCAUCCAUUUGUGAGCAACUUGUGGUACCCAACGUGCUUGGAGAGGACGUUGCAGAGAGUGGAGGUGAAGGGCUUCAAAGGGGACGACGACAGCCAAAUUCUGGUGUUGAAAUUUCUGCUCAAGUAUGGUCAAGUGUUGGAGGCUCUGUGCUUUUGUGUGUCCAAAGAAGAAGCUGCUGCAGAAGAACAAAAUGUCCGAAAGUUUAUGGAGCAGUGCGACGAUAUCUGCUCCCCCAAUUUGAAACUAUAUUUACGCUACAAUUAA